AUGUGCCUAUCCAGAGAGUUUUACAUACAUUCACCUGCCUUAAUGGAACAGACAGGUCCAAGUAACAUUGAAAGACAAACCAACGAAGUGGAACCAGAAACAGAUCCUGAUGCUGGAGACUCCUUACACAUUCCUGAUGGAGGUUGGGGUUGGGCCGUUUGCUUUGCUGGAUUCAUGGUGAAUUUUACUAUUGUUGGACUGGUUUACUCAAAUGGUAUUGUCGCUCUUGGAAUCAUUACCAUUUAUGAUUCUUCUAUUUCGAAAACAACCAUGGUCGGUUCAAUUUUCAUUGGAGUCGUUUUAUGCGCUGGUCCAUUUGUAUUGCUUCUAAUGAUGUUUAAUGUAAGCCAUCGCCAAGUUAUUAUUUGCGGAGGAUUCGUUUCUGCCGUGGCAACCGCUGGAAGCUUUUUUGUUGACCAAGUUGAAGUUCUUUACCUUACAUAUGGGAUUCUCUCAGGGAUUUUUGCUGGAAUGUCAUAUUUUUCAUCCAACACCAUCGUUGGAUCUUAUUUCAAGAAGAAACGAACUUUGGCUGUGGGAAUCUCUCAGAGUGGAACUGGAAUUGGUGCAUUUGUCCUUAAUAAUUUAUUAGAACGAAGUAUUUCCUUUUAUGGUAUGAGAGGGACAUUUUUAAUAAUAAGUGGGUUGUUUUUAAACAUUGUCGUUUAUGGCACCCUAUGUCGGCCGCUUAAGAUCGUCAACAUGAAGGACAUGAACGCCAACAAUUUGGACAACUCUGAAAAUCCUGGACAUUCUGCCAACGAGCUUCCAACCAAUAUGAUAAAAAGAUUUUCAAGCAAAUGCACUUAUCUCCACAAAAUCGUAUUUGAUCUUGAUGUUAUGAAGAAUACAGGCAUGCAGUUGCUUCUAACUGUUUACUUUUUUUGGUCAUCGAGCGAAAAAAUUUAUGUCUAUCUCCCGGCAAAAGUUGUGAAUGUUGGACUCACCCGUGAACAAGGAGCCUUGAUAAUGUCCAUCAUCGGUGCAAUUAUUGGACCUAGCCAAAUUAUUACUGGAAUUCUUGGUGACGUAUUUCACAUCCCUAUAAGCUACCUUCUGAUGCCUUCAUUGUUUGGCCUGUCGGCCACUACCUUAGCCUUUACAUUCUGCAACUCUUUCUCAUUGUUCGCUCUGUGUGCGUCUAUUUUCGCCAUUUUCUAUGGAGUUUCCUUUACCCUUCGAAUGGUGCUUGUGGCUUCCAUCUUGGGAGGGAGAAACCUGACCAAAGGAUAUUCUCCCUUGUGCCUUUUGGUUGGUCUCACUUUCAUUAUCGAUUCGAAAAUCGCAGGUUCUUUGUUUGAUGCUACACAGUCUUACGAUUCUAUCUUUUACUUCACCACUGGUUCGUUAUUCAUUGCCUGCAUCGUAUCAAGUGGAAUCAUCUGCCUACAACGAAAUGGGAAAUUCCAUGACAAAUAG